AAAAAGGCUUCCUCCUUCGUUAAAGAGGCAAAUUAUCUUCUAACAAAAAAAAGAACAAUCCGUUCGUUGUACACUAUGGACUACUACAGCCGCUACAACGACUCUGCUCCCCGAACUCCCUCUCCUCUCGAAUACCAACCCUACUCCAGUCCAAAGGUACUUCCAUCCAUGACCCAUCCCAGUAUCUACGAGGAAGACAAUACAAACUACAUUGUGAACCCACAGCACCAAUACUGGCAUCCUCCUUCUCCUCCUCAGCGUUCUUCUUCUGCUGGUUCAGGUUCGCUACUCAGUGAGUUGUACGAUGAACCGCCUCCCUCCGUCGAGUGCGAGUGGCAAUCCCAAUCGUCACAACUACCACCACAGCAGCAGCAACAACCACCCCAACGACGCGCCACCUUUCCCUACGUUCGACACGACCACCACUCCGCCUCUUCCUCUCUCUCUCCUUCCCCCGAUCCCUACGUCGAACCAGAGGUAAAAAUCGAGGAUGUUCAGCAAUACAACACAUACCCCGUCUACCACCUUGCCCACCACCACCACCAACAGCAGCAGCACCAACAACAACAACAAUACAUGCAUCACCACCCUCACUCCCACCUCCCCCAUCAUCAACAACAACAACACCACCACCACCACCACCAGCAACAUCUUCCAAUGCAACUCCCUCAGAUGCAUCCGGCACACGGAAUGCCGAUGUUGCCCCCUACGAUGGGUAUCUCUCAUCCUGUUCAGCAUACAGAUGAUGCUGCGUCCAAGGAAACUCAGUUCUUGAGACGGAGGUGUUUCAACUGCCAUACAACCGAGCCACCCAGUUGGAGAAGGAGCACUCUCAAUCCAGGCAAAAUUGUCUGUAACAAGUGCGGUCUUUACGAACGUACCCAUUUACGACCUAGGCCAUUGCGAUUUGACGAGCUCCGGGCCGGAAAUAAACAGCGUAAAGUGGCUGGUACUACUUCACCGCCUACAAAGAAACAGCAGCUGGUGAUGGCCAGAGCACAGGGAGCCAGACGGUCUAGUGUUUCCUCUGGUGGAGCGUCUAGUGAUUGGGACGACAAUGGUGGGUCGUCGAGUUCAACUUCUAGUAGCCCCAGCCCUUCUACUCCUCCAAGCUUGUGAUACCCCCCCCCCUCCACCCACUUUCUUGUUCUUCCCACCCCCACCCCCAUCUUCUUUUUUUUAUAUUUUUAUUUAUUUAUCUCCUCCACCCGUGUAAAACCAAUGUAACUAAUAUGAGCCCUUUCCC